GAGCAGUGCUGUGAGGAGCCCCACACAGCACACUCGUUCGUGUCUGACCCGGAGCCUUUCUGAAGUGUUAUUCCUGCAGCUGACCUCGAGGCCAGACCACAGGACUUGCUGACCCGUGGCCUUCCCGAGGCUUCUCUCCUGCAGGUGCCCUCGAGGGCCGACCGUGGGCCUUGGUGCCCCGGAGGCAUCUCCCAUCCCUGCCGCCAGUGCCCUCGAGGCCAGACCACCAUCCUUGACAGGACUCUCCUGCCCUUGUGGCAGGAGCCCUCCAGAGCAGAGUGCAGGACGUGCUGUCCUGUAGCCCUCCUGAAGCUUCGCUCUUGAAGGUGCCUUCCAGGCACGACUGCAGGACUUGCUGACUCGGAGCUUUUCCGAGGCAUCUCUCCUGCAAGCAGCCACAAAUCCAGUCAGAGACAUGGAGCAGAGACCCCUGAGCGUGCCCAAGCUGGCCUGGGUGGAGGAAGAGGAAGAAGGCCCUGGAGCUGCCCCAGCACAGCAGAAGGAAGAGGUGGUGGCGUUCAAGCCACUGCAGGAGGAUGCAGCCGUGGAGCGCACACAAGAGCAGCAAUCCAGCCGUGGCCUCUUCCACAGAACAGCGCAGCUGGUUUGCAAAUUAAUCAAGAGAAUUCGGGAGGAAGAGACCAGCACCGUGGGCACUGGGCUCAGAGCAUACUCGCACAUCUUUAAAACCAAGACCAGUGCUGCCCUGCUGGAUAUGCUGGUAGAGGAGGGCUUUUGCAAUCCAAAGCAAGUAAGCAGCCCAUGGCCAGGGUUUGAUCCUGCCAGGAAUUGCUCAGCCUCCCAAGCAACACCCACUGGUCACUGGAAGCCUUUGAGGCCAUGGCAGUGUGGUGGGAAGGGAAGCACUUCUCUGGGGAAGCUGGGGACAUUCCUCCCUCUGGCAGCUGUCCAAGUGUCCCCGUGCCUUCUCCAAGUGCCCGCCGUGGUCAGGUACAUCCACCAGUGGCUCACGGCCAAUCAGUUUGCUGAGCACAGGCUGAACAGGACCCUGCUGGAUCUCACCAAAGCACAGCCCGCUGACGUACUGGUGACGCUCCUGCGUGUGGCCCGAUCCUGUGACAGCCGCCUCUCCAGCAGCUCUCCAUCCUCCUUCCCCCACUGCAUCUCCCUGCCUCAGGCGCUGGGAUGA